CGCGCCGCUCUGCCUCUCUGUCGCCCGCACCGCACCACACCGCGCACCACCACGGGUCACCAUGGCCGCCGACAUGUCCACGCUCUCCAAGCUGCUCGAGGCCAGCCUGGACCCGCGCCAGAACAAGCAGGCCGAGCAGGCCAUCACGCAGGAACAGGCCAAGCCCGGCUUCUCGCUGGCGCUGCUGCACAUCGUCGCCGCCGACUCGUUCCCCGCCACGGUGCGCCUCGCCAGCGCCCUCUACUUCAAGAACUUCAUCCGCCGCAACUGGGUCGACGAGGACGGCAACUACCAGCUGCCGCGCGAUGAGGUCGUCGCCAUCAAGCAGGAGCUGAUCGGCCUGAUGGUCGCCGUGCCGCCCAGUCUGCAGGCCCAGCUCGGCGAGGCCAUCAGCGCCAUCGCCGACAGCGACUUCUGGGAGCGCUGGGACUCGCUGGUCGACGACCUCAUCUCGCGCCUGACCCCCGACAACUCGGUCGUCAACAACGGCGUGCUGCGCGUCGCACACUCCAUCUUCAAGCGAUGGCGCCCGCUGUUCCGCUCCGACGAGCUGUUCACCGAGAUCAACCACGUCCUGUCCAAGUUCAGCACGCCCUUCCUCACCCUGCUGCAGAACACCGACGCCCUCAUCACCCAGUCGCAGGGCAAUCCCGAAGCUCUGAAGAGCGCCUUCACCACCCUCGACCUGAUCAUGAAGCUGUUCUACGACCUGUCGUGCCAGGACCUGCCGCCCGUCUUCGAGGACAACAUGCCCGCCAUCUCGUCCAUCAUGCACAAGUACCUGACCUACGACAACCCCGCCCUGCGCACUGCCGACGACGACGAGUCAGGGCCGCAGGAGUACGUGCGCGCCGGCAUCUUCGAGGCCCUGAUGCUGUACAUCCAGAAGUACGAGGACGCCUUCGGCGCCCAGCUCGGCCCGUUCAUCGAGACGUCGUGGUCCUUCCUCAUGACCGUCGGCCUGGAGACAAAGUACGACAUCCUGGUCAGCAAGGCCCUGCAGUUCCUCACCGCCGUGGCCUCCACACACCACGCCGAGAACUUCAACAACCAGUCGGUCCUCGUGCAGGUCAUCGAGAAGGUCAUCCUGCCCAACCUGACCCUGCGCGAGUCGGACGAGGAGCUGUUCGAGGACGAGCCCAUUGAGUUCAUCCGGAGAGACCUGGAGGGCUCCGACAACGACACCCGCCGGAGGGCCGCCACCAACUUCCUGCGCCAGCUCAUGUCCAAGUUCGAGGGCCUCGUCACCAGCACGUCGCAGACCUACGUCGACGCCUACCUCCAAAACUACUCCCAGGACCCGGCAAACAACUGGAAGUCCAAGGACACAGCCGUCUACCUCUUCACCGCCAUCGCUGCCAAGGGCACUGCGACAGCCGCCCAGGGUAUUCUCAGUGUCAACGAGAACGUCAACGUGCUGGACUUCUUCCAGAAGCACAUCGCCUCCGACCUGCAAGCCCCUGACGCCCACGCCAUCCUGAAGGUCGACGCCAUCAAGUACCUCUACGUCUUCCGCAGCCAGCUGUCGCCGGACCUGUGGCGCGCUGCCUUCCCACUCCUCGUCAACAACCUCGGAAACGAGAACUACGUCAUCCACACAUACGCUUCGAUUGCUGUCGAGCGUGUCCUGUUCAUGACAGACGACAACCGCCAGCCUAUCAUCCCCAAGGGCGACGUCGUCGGCUCGUCCAAGGACCUCCUCACACAUCUGUUCAAGCUCAUCACCAAGGACUCUGCGCCUGAGAAGAUCCAGGAGAACGAGUUCCUGAUGAAGUGCGUCAUGCGCGUGCUCGUCUUCAUCAGAGACGGCGUGCUCCCGAUCUGCGAGAACAUCCUGAUGAACUUCAUCGCCAUCAUCAAGGUCAUCAGGCACAACCCCAGCAACCCCCGCUUCCAGUACUACCUGUUUGAGGGUCUGGGUGCUCUGAUCCGCUUCGCUGCACCAACCCACCCCGAGGCGUUCGAGAACAAGCUGUACGAGCCAUUCGCGACAUGCUUGUCCGAGGCUAUUGAAGAGUUCUCGCCGUACAUCUUCCAGCUGUUCUCGGCGCUGCUGGAAGCCAACCCUUCCGGCCAGCUGACCGACUACUACCGCAGUCUGUUCUCCAUCAUCAUCCAGGGAGCUGUCUGGGACCAGCGCGGCAACGUGCCUGCGCUUGCUCGUCUGUUGAGUGCUAUGAUCACGCGCGAUGCGGAGCGUAUUGUGGCCGACAAGCAGCUGGAGCCGAUUCUCGGUAUCUUCCAGAAGCUCGUAUCCACCAAGGCGCACGAGUCGCACGCCUUCGAACUCAUCGAGGCCGUCGUCACCUACCUCCCGGCCGAGGCCCUGCAGCCCUACUUUGUCACCAUCCUGCAGCUCAUGCUGACGCGCCUGUCCAACAUGAAGACCGAGAACUUCCAGCAGCGCUUCAUCGCCUUCUACCACCUCGUCUCCGCGCGCCAGGACAAGGGGCUCGGCGCGGACUUUUACAUCAACGUGUCCGACCAGGUGCAGCACGACAUCUUCAAACCCAUCUACCUCACCGUCAUCCUCCCCGACACCCAGAAACUCGCCCGCCCAACCGACCGCAAGACGGCCGUCGUCUCCUUCACCAAAACGCUCUCGGACAGCACCGCCUUCGUGUCGCGCUACCCCAAGGGCUGGGCCCUGACCACCCAGCGCCUGCUCGAGCUGCUCGUCAACCCGCCCGUGCCCUCCGCCGCCGACGACAUCAUCCCCGACGCCGACGUCGACGAGGUCGGCUUCGGCGUCGGCUUCACCCAGCUCAACACGUGCAAGAAGGCGCCCCGCGAUCCGUUCCCCGAGGUCAGGGACGUGAAAGUGUGGGUCGGCGAGUGGCUGCGCGAUGCGGAUAAGAGGCAGAGUGGUGCUGUGGGGAGGCUCGUGCAGGAGCGGCUUGGGCCGGAGCUGCAGCAGGCGCUGUCGGCAUAUCUGAAUUAGAUACUACUAGACGCAGGAGGGGCGGUUAGGGGCCAGGGGGCAGUGAGUGCGUGAGUGCAAGGCCGCCGAGUGAGUGAGUGAGCGAGCGAGUGAGCGAGUGAUCAAGCACAGCACGGGCGAAAAGUUGGACUGCAGAUAGACGCGCUAGACACGAGAUGCCAUGAUACCAGGAUCCGCGAGGCGCUUUGCACAAGCCCCGGACCACCAAA